AUGGAGAUUGGGAAAGGUGAUUCUUUUGAGCAGGCGUACACUGUUGACGUACAAGACUACCAAAGUCUCAAAGAAAUUGAGGAUCGCGGUUCAGAUGUGCUGUUGUGCCUAGACUCCACACUGGACACGGUCACAACCAUUCGCGAGCGGUACACAAGUUACCCCUUAGCACGUGACGGCCUGAAGCAAGAGGACAUACGCACACAAGACGAGAUGUUGUUUGCGCUAGAGGAGCAGCGAAAGUCAAUCCAAUACUCACGCAAAAAAGUUGAAGCACUCCUUUCAAAGGCGGAACAUACUCGCGCUCUUAUAUCGUCUCUUCUUGAUCGUCUGAAUGGUCACAAUCUCGACCAGCAGAUGGUUGCUCUUCAAAGCCUUCAGCGGCAAGCGCAGGACGAGAACGCCAUUAUGCGAGAGCUGGCAGAGCAAGGCAGUCGUGACUCUGCCAGCAGUUUUUACUCCACGCAAUUCGUGGACAAGGACAAGUCAGCUGACGGCCAAAUGAAAAUGAAGUAUGCUGACAACGCCUGGCUUUUCUUUGCUGUUUCCAUCCCACUCACUUUUUUCACAAUUAUGGUCUGGUACAGCUGGGCAAACUCUAGGGCGCUCUACCGUGCUGUGGUGUUGAAGCAUGAUGAGGGCACGGCCAAGAUUAGGAAGCGUGUCAAGAGCUUCAACUUUCUCGGGAAAUCUUCAGGUCUUCCCCGUUGA